AUAGUACGUCCAACAUACUCUUGCCGCAAUAUAAGCAUGAGGCAACGACUGCUGACCCGUCAUAUUGAUCGACCUGGAUCCGCACUUCGCCUCUAUCCGAUUGCGCGUUUCGGGUGGCGCUUCACAGACUGCGCCGCGACGCCUCGCGACGCUUAAACACGCUAGCGUAGUCGCAACCACUGCACUUGUUUUUACACCGCAUCGUCCUUCUUUACAUGGAAUCGUCCUCCGCCAUGCUGGUGUUGCAGUGAUCACAUAAAUCAACGAGAGUACGGAUAUUUAUCGACGAUAGUGACGGGUGGAUCUGGUCGAAAGGAACCAUAUCUUGGAAAUUAGUGUUCCUCUAAUCUUCGUCAAGUUUCCGGUUUCAUUGAACGAUUGAGUAUCCCGGAUCUUCUUCUCACGAAUUGUGAUUUUUUGCCCUGCUCGAAUCCAUCGCGGUGACACAAGGCGUUGCUCGAAUGUGCCUGACAGGAAGAUGAAACCGCGACAUUGUGACGAAACACACGAUCCAAGCUGGGACGAUCGUCCGUUCUCAUAGCAGUCCGUCAAUAUCACAAAUUCGAAAUCACAAUUCUCAGAAUUUCUGAGAAUUCUUCUCUUCUCUCUUAACCCCUUCGAAAAUUUAUCUUUUACACGGUUACAAAGGACCAAAAAAAUCUUCGAUCGACGUAUUAUAACGAAGUCGAUCGCCUGACAGGCGAAUACAACUCCUUGAAUUGUAUCAAAAGCGAAUAUUCUACCGUAGGGGUAAGAUCGUGACACGGCAUGAGGUUGUACAGGAAAUAAGGAGACUAAGUCAUAUUGGAAACAUGUUGCCGAAUUACUUGAUAGGGGCGGCAAUUGUACUUGCGGUUGCCACCGUCUGUCGCGCGGAAUGCCAGACUCGUUCUAUUUAUUGCUACGAAUGCGACUCGUGGACGGAUUUGAGAUGCAAGGAUCCUUUCAAUUACACCGCACUUCCGAGGGAUCAACCGCCUCUUAUGACUUGCAAUGGAUGUUGCGUAAAAAUGGUUCGCAACGCAAAGUCACCGUAUGAGAGCGUGAGGCGGACCUGCACUUCGCAGCUACAGAUAAACUUAUUCAUGGUGGAUCACGUGUGCAUGAUGGAAAGUACCGGCACUGGUCACAUGUGCUUCUGUGAGGAGGAUAUGUGCAAUCGUGUCUCCUCGACCUCGUGUUCGAAUCCCGCACUCCUGCUGAUCCUGUCGACCAUCCUUGUACUACGCUCGGUCAUCUUAGGGGCCCCAGCUUGCUUUGUAGAACGUUGCAAUGGUCACGUCGUAUAACACUAAUUUAACUCGAUUCACCCGCCAGUGAUUCCGAUCAUAUCCUCCGUAGAAUUUUAGUUUUAGCCGGCGACUAAAAAAAACUCUGUUCGGGACGAGCGAUAGAUGUCCCUUUUCACAUUCCUCGUCGUCCAAACGAACAUUCGUGUUUUUUUUUUUCGUAGAAAGGAAGAGGAUCUUGUCGUAUCGUGCAAGAUUGUACCAUUUCAAUUGUACAUUUGAACGAUUCGACAUGACUUGAGGAUCCUCUUCUUUUUUUUUCUUCUUUUUCCUUUUCUUUUCGAAGAUUAUUUGCACCGUGCAUCGCUCGUCCCGAUCCCUUCUUCGGUGUAAACAGUAGCGAAAAAUCUUGACCGUGUAGAUAAAUCAUUCGUCGUUGUUCUCUCUGUCAUUGUCACGAUUUUACGCCUCCUCUUUUUUUUUUUUUUUCGUUCAUGGCUCCUUUUUAACGAGUAGAAAAAGUAUUCGGUGAACGAGUAUACGAAAUCUAUUAUAGUGUUUUUUAGUAUCGUCAAAAGAUUGAAAUUAUCGACACGUAACGAUGUAAAUUAUCACGAAUGAUUCCUUUUAAAUUCAUUCACGGUAGAAUGAAACAAAGAUAGAGAUGAAAUUUUAACUGCCAAGAAGAAAAUCGUGCAUUAUAGAGCCGCGUAAAAAAAAGAAAAAGAAAAAAAUUCUAACUCGUUUCUUUAAAUCGUGAUGCAUUUUUCUCGCGAUGAUUUAUUGAUUAUGAAUUAUUUUUCGACGAAGGUUUGCUGCAUGUCCAUUUAAGUAUAAUUAUUUACUUACCUUCACUAUUCGUUGAUUGUUUUUAUCCCUUUAAAUGAAUCUGAUGCAUCUUAGAUUAGAAUUGAAAACUCUUCCCUUCUUCACUCCCUCAAUUCAUUUAUUGUUAAAAGUUUCGUUUCCUAUUAUUAUUUAGAUCACAACAAACAUCUUGACGAUCGAAUCGAGCUGCUCCUGAUAUGUGCGAUAAAAAUAGUUAUAGUUCGUCGUGAUAUUUUUGGAAUGUUUUUCAUUUCAAAGUUCUCGCUGGCUUGCCCUUCUGUUCAAUGUAUCUGUUUCCAUGUAUCCGCAGAUUUCGAUUUCGAGCGAGUGUGAAG